UGUUUCCCAUUCCCCACCCCCGUUCAACCAGCGAUUCGAGUUUGAUCUUCCCCCGGUGGUUCCUCAAGUCGAAUCGAAGUGGUCAUCGCCUUGGGAACAGUCGGAUCGAGGGUUCCUCACGGAUCCAUGGAAGAGGCUGAUGCCGAGGUGCCGCCGCCGCGUCCCGGCGGAGGAGCUGACCGCCUCAGCGCCCUCCCCGACGAUAUGCUCCUCCUGGUCCUUGCGCGCUUACGCUGCGCCCGCAGCGCCGCGCGCACCGGCGUCCUCUCACGCCGCUGGCGGGGUCUCUGGGCCCACCUCCCGGAUCUCACCUUCCGCGGCGUCGCGCCCGCCCAGAUCGAGGCCGCGCUCGCCGGCUUGGCUGCUUCACCUUGGGUCUCCAACGCCCUCGACAUCGAGAUCUCUCCGGGACACUGUGGCGAUGAUGCUCGCUUGUCCUCGCUCCAGCACGCCGCGGCGACGUUCUCGACGGAGGAGCCGGGCUACUGUGGCGAUGAUGCUCGCUUGUCCUCGCUCCUGCACGCCGCGCUCCUGCACGCCGCGGCGAGGUUCUCACCGCAGGAGCUGCUCUUCAGUUGCCAAAAUGACGGGUACAUUCAAGCGGCCCUGCCCUGCUUCCCGCGUGCUACGUCAAUACAGAUCGACUGGGGCGGCCUCAUCUGCUUCACACAGCUGCCGGCCGCCGAGUUCCAGGCUCUCGAGAUACUAUCCCUCAAAGGCUGCAGCAUCGCCGACCUCGCCGCCCUGGUCACCCUCUGCCCGCGCCUGCGCGUGCUCAGGGUGACGGCAUCUAUGCCUCACUUCAUGGUCCACUCGGCGUCGCUGGAGACGCUUGAUGUCAGCAGUGCCGUGGAAUGGAGUAGCAUCGACAUCGUGACGCCCAUGCUUAAGCAUUUGAAAAUGCAGAUCGAUGCCGACAUGGACCUCAGCAUCUCCAUCUUGGCACCAAUGGUGGAGAAGCUUGAGUGGAACUGCUUUUUCACACAGUUGACUCUCGUGUUUGGUUUUUGGAGUCUCGAGAACAUGGACUUCAUGCCGAUUGACAACCAUGAAGACCGUGACUACUGGCGAAAGGAAGACACGUGCUCACAGCUCCGUCCGGUUCAUGUCCUCCACCUGGAUCUAUCGGUCCCGGAUCCAUUGUAUGAUGAGUUGGACUUUGCAAAAGAGGUGCAAGUUGCACAAGAGAUGGCGAAGCUCCCGGUUGCCGACUUCUCGGUGUUGAAGCUAACUCUUGAAAUGCCUGGACAUGUUUUUGGAGCACUUGUGUUGCGUCUCUUUGGGUUACAUCAGAUUUGUGCCGUUACGGAAAGGCUUAUAGUCGUCAUACCAUUUUCGCACGAGCAGAGGCAAGCAUGUCCAGAAAAUUGCCCUUGUGACGAGCCAAAAAAUUGGAGAUGCCAAAGUAUCUCGUUGACCCGUCUUGAAGAAGUGCAGAUCCACGGCUUCACUGGAGAAGAUCAUGAAUAUGAUUUCUUAAAACUGAUAUUCAGAUCCUCGCCAAUGCUUAACAGAGUGACUCUGAAACUGGUCCCUGAGUUUGGAGGUUCCAUCAAGGAAAUCUACGACACUUUCUCAUCGAAUCCUUCUGUGAAGGGUUGUGUUUAUGCCAGCAAUGGCGGACUGGUUCAGCAACUAUCUGAUGAGCAUGCUCCAUGAUGCAACAAGAUUGUUUCGUGCGAGGCGGGGGUGCAACUAGUAUAUUUAUUAUCCUUACCUGUUAUUGUUCUUAAGUUAGGAGGAUGCAACUAUGUAAUCCUUAUCCUUAGAUGGUAUUGUCAGAACCUAAACUGAUGCAAUGACUUGGAACAUGUUACCUAUAAAGGCUGUGAGUUGCAUGGUUCU